GCCAGCCCCAUGGCCUCCGGCACUGGGGGGCUGAGCUCCUGCCCAGGGCCAGCUGUGCGCCGCUGCCAUGUGGCACCCAGAAAGAACUGGGAUCUGAAGAGGUACCAGUGCCUGUGGCAGGCAAAGGCACGUUUGCCACAGACCUCAGCGGGUGUUUGAGGCUGCAGGAGGCACGGUGCUGAGAAGGUGCAAGGGUUGAUUUAGUGAGAGGUGUGCACCCCAGUGCCGCCACGGGUAGCUGGGAAGGGCUCUGUCCUCCCCAGAACCCAGUGCAUGCUCUGUUCUUUCAAGUCCUAUUUCUGCUUUGCCAGUCCCAGCCACAGCUGGAAGAAGACACAGGUCAUGAGGGUACUCCUACUCCGGCCAUCGUCCUUCCCCAGGAGCUGCUGCCCCGUGCCUGCGGGCUCCCUCCUUCCCUGCAGUCCCCCACCGGCUCCUCUGGCUGCUGCUGCGGGUGUUUGACUUUCUCACUCCUGCCUCCUUGUUCUGCCAUCACUGUCUCCUCAUUCAGGGAGUGAUGCGCCAAGGGAUCUAUGUUCCUGCCCCUCAUAAAUCCUUGGAAGGUACAAAAGCACCCGACCCAUCGAUCUCACCCUGCUCCUUUUUAGUGCCUCUCUGUUUUUUAACCAGCCCCCCUUUCUCACUUCCUAGUUGCUGGGAUCUUUGUUCUUGCAGCCUUUUGUGUCUCUUCAGCUCCCAUCAAGGCUCUGGUACCGAUAAGGAUUGCGAAUAUACCGGGGAAUGUGUGUGUGUCCUUCUCCCUUUGCAAAAGGAGUCUUGGACACCCUCUGUGGGAACUUCCCCCUCCCCUGUGGCCCUCGCCCCCUGCACACAUGUGCACACAUCUGGCUGAGCUGGGUAGUCCUGGCUUUACCAUGUGUAUCAGAAGAGGAGGACACUGACAUUUCACCUAGCCCGCGAGCCCCGCAGCAUCCCUCACCCAGCCAGGGUCACUCACCUCACCGUGACUCGGUGCCUCAGCCCAUGAGUUCCAUCUCCCCCCGGGUGGGCUCAUACCUCCGCCCCUUGCUGUCCGCGAGGGGCUCAGCUGGUGGGGAAGAGCAGCGCAACCCCUGGCAUGUCCUCACCGCUGUGAGUCGACAGCAGGUAAGACCAGAUUACUGGGGUGUGUGUCGGAGGCUACACCCCGACGCUGCAGAUCCCAACACGCCUGCCACCCCGGAGCGCUGGCUCCAGAAAGCAGGAGCAAGGACCCGGCAGAGUGAGGGGCACUGGGAAGGCAAGGAGAGAGGUGGGAAGCGUUCUGCAGCAGGGGGGCUGCUCAGGGUGGAAGGGAUGGCUGAUGAAGCCCAGUGCUACUCAGACCCCUUUGUGCAGGGAGAUGUGGAAAAGCACAGGGAAGGGGUGAAUCCCCGUGCAGGGCCACACUGGGAGAACCACGGCCGGGUCGAGCAGCCAUGUUUCACUUUCUGCAUGAUUUGGGCAGGGAAAGCAGAAGCCCCGGGGCUGCAGGAGGAGUGUCACCUGCCAGGGUGGUGGGGACAGCUGGCACUUCCCAGGCUCACUUAGGGAAUGGCAGGCUUUUCCCCCAGGACGUUUCAGCUCCCUGGGCACAGAGCUGACAUUUCCCUGGACUCCCAGGGGCUCUUAGGAAAGGGCCACGCGCUGAGGCGGGCAGCCACCCCAGUGUGCCUACUUAGGAGAAGGGCAAGGGCUGUCCUUCUUGCCAUGGGGAAGAAAACGGGGGGCACAAAGGGGGACCUGCCAGGGAAAGAGUUAAGAGAGCCAGGGAGCAGCUGGGCUGUGUUUGUUUGCUGUAGCUAUGUGUGCUGCAGGGUAGAAAAGAAGAAUCUCCAGCCUGGAGGAGGCAGAUGAGGGAGGGUCCUCAAGGAUGGUGGCUGGGGAUGAGUGGGGCAGCAGGUCUUCCCCUCUCUGCUCCCACGAGCUGUCACUGCAGGGAAACCCUCUGGCUCCCCGAAAGGGCUGGGUGACGAAGUGGGGACGAGCUGGACUAGCAGCAGCUGCUUGGAGCUGCCAGGUUUGUCUGGCGUGGAGGUUCUGUUUGCUGCCGACCGGGUCUCGGGCUGCUUCCUGCUGAUGAAGUGACUUGACUGUGGAGGAAGACCACCAGAUCGUCUGCUGACAGGACAGCAGAGACCAGGGCUGUAAUGCUGACACUGUUCCCAGCCAUCUGAGCUGCCUCUGACGGGUGCCUACCCCAGAGCCCUAGCUCAGAGCUCUCCCACCACGCUGCCCGAGCUGUAGGUAGGGGACAGCACCGGCGUGGACGCCCACACAGGACCAUCCCAGCAGUUUUCUGUGGGCUACCGGGUCUCCAAUGCUGGCACACCAUGGCAGCCCAUGGUCAUUGCCCAGGGCAGAGGCUACCCAUGCUUUGCAGUGCUGGGCCAGAGCUGCUGUGAGAGAGACUCCCAGGCAGAGGCAGUGGGAGGUCCAGGAGGGGAUUCAGGCGGCUGCUGCACCGUGGCUGAAGGUGGAGUUUUGCCGGGGAGAGGAUGGAGAUGGUGAGGCUGUACGUGGUGCUGAUCCCCAUGCAACACGUCCUUGCCAUGACCUGGCUGUACCUGGCCGAGGACACUUCCCUGCAGGUGGCCCUCCAGGGCCCCGGGGGCUGUAAGGGUCUGACAGGGCUGGCAGAAGAGCAGGUCCGCAUUUGCCAGCGCCAGGUAGAAGCCAUGGAUGCGGUGAAGCAAGGAGCAGAGCUGGCUGUCAAGGAGUGCCAGCACCAGUUCUGCUCUCGCCGCUGGAACUGCUCCACUCUGCAGGGGCUGCAGGUCUUUGGCAAGGUCACCGUCCAAGGCACGCGGGAGUCUGCUUUCAUCCACGCCAUCUCCGCUGCCGGCAUUGCCUUUGCGGUGACUCGUGCCUGCAGCCGCGGGGAGCUGGAGAAGUGUGGCUGCGACCGCAAGAUCCGAGGAGUCAGCCCCGAAGGUUUCCAAUGGUCGGGCUGCUCUGAUAACCUGUCACACGGGGUUGCCUUCUCUCAAGCCUUUGCAGACAACCCCGAGAGGAGCCGCGGUGUCUCCUCCAGCCGGGCCAACGAGGCUGGGAGGAAGGCUCUCCUGGCCCACAUGAAGGUGGAGUGCAAGUGCCACGGCGUGUCAGGCUCCUGCGAGGUGCGCGCGUGCUGGAAGGUCAUGCCUCCCUUCCGCAAGGUGGGCAACGUCCUCAAGGAAAAGUUUGAGGGGGCCACAGAGGUUUACCCCAAGCGGGUUGGUUCCCGCAAGCUCCUGGUGCCCAUGAACUCUAGCUUCAAGCCAUACACGGCUCAUGACCUGAUCUACCUGCUCGCCAGCCCAGAUUUCUGCGACCGGGACCCCGGGCAUGGGGUCUUUGGCACCUCUGGCCGCCAGUGCAACCGGACAUCCCCAGCCAUGGAUGGCUGCGAGCUGCUGUGCAGCGGCAGGGGCUUCCGCACAGCCCAGGCGGAGGUGGUGGAGCGGUGCAGCUGCAAGUUUCACUGGUGCUGCUCUGUCAAGUGCAAACAGUGCCGGCACCUCGUGGAGGUGCAGAGCUGCCGCUGACAGGGAGCACGCCAGGGCGGCGGGGGCCAGGCCACAGGCAGAAGGCAGCUGGGGGAAGAGAGGCGGAGAAGCAGGGAAAGGUGUAGGGGAGACACAGCCCGAGGGGGAGCAGAGGAGCUGUGGGGUUUUCCUGCCCUGCUGGAUGGCUCCGGGGGUCCCCGCACAGCAGCCUCUCGCCAGCCUCACUGGGCUUUUUGUGGUUUGAAUUAUUUUUCCUGAUGGAGGGCUGGAGGACACAGGCCCAAUAAAUCCUUAAACUUUAGAAAUAAACCAGCUGCAGUGGAAAGCAAA